UGCGCACAUGUGUGAGUGUGCACGUGUGUGUGCACGUGUGUGUGCACACAAGUGUACAUGGAGCAGUGUCACUCCUCCCACAGCCACACUGUCGUGUGUGCGGAGGGAGCGAGGGUUUGGCACGGAAACAGUGGGAACACUGGAGCACUGGGCAGCUGAGUGGCACCCGAACCCCUCACUGCUGGUCCGUGGGCUGCAGUGGCACCUGCAGGUACCCAGCGGGCAGCAGUGGCACCUGCCACCCCGGGGCACUCAGCUGCAUCCUCCCCAUGGCCUGGCACUCUCCAUGUGCAGGUUUGGGUUUGCUUCCAUCUUCCUCGGGGCUUGGGGCUCAGGCAGGUAGGUGGGGAGCUGGGCUGGAUUUGGGGAGCUGGAAGCAAAACCCACGUGGGCUGUGUGGAGGCAGGGAGGGGGGCGAGGGUCUGGCCCCUCCUUACCCCAUCACCAUGAGGGUGUUGAGCCAGACUGGCCGGUUGUGAGGAGCCGUGGGCUCUCCCGAGCCUCCCGGGGACUGUGCCAGUGCCAUCCCCAAAGCGUUGGCAGCGGAAGAUUAAUAAAUAUAGCGGGUGCUAGCGGCGAGAUGUCGGGUUAGAGGGGCAGCAUCCAUCAGCUGAGCCCUCGCUGCCAAGGGAUCUCCCGAUGGCACAGGGAUGUGGUGUCCUGGCUGCCCCCAUCACCCCUUGGUGCUGCCCCCCCACUCUGGCCAGCACCCAUCUCUCCCCCCCGACUGCCUGGGAACGCAGACCCUGGGAACCUGCCCUAUUUAAAUAACAUAACGUACAUUAAAAACGCCGAAUCCUGGCGAGCUGACAGCAUCUGUCUAAAUAUUUAUCCCUGUUCCGGUCAGGCGCUGUGUUCCCAUGACAGCCCCAUUAGCACUUGGCAUAUUUAUGGCCUUCCUGGGUGCUGGGCUCCCCGUGCCAUGCACCACGGGGCCACUGACCCCCCCUCCCGUGUCCCCUCUGUGCUUUCCUGUGCACUUGGGGUGACCCCCAGGCUGGCAGCUGUCCCCAGCCUGGCACAUCCUGCUGGGCUGUGCUGGAGCUGCCAGGAGUAUCCUGGGCAGGGCAGGAAGUGGGUACCACACUUAUCCCCUGGAGCACAGGAGGUGCAGUGCCAUGAGGUACCUUGUCCGUGCAGGGAAGGGAGUGCAGGGAACAGCCUGCUCCCCAAAAGCAGGCUCCUGCCCCCGAGGGGCUGGGGGUGGAUGCACUGCCCCGUCCCUGCCUCAACAAAUACAACAGGACUGGAAAAUAAAAGAGGGGGGGAAAGGGCGGAAAUGAUGCUUGUGUGCGGCUCCCGGGAGAAUCUGUGCUGUCUCCUGCCUGUUGUACUGCAGGGCCCUGGGAGAUGUGCUGCCCACAGGAGGGCAGCUCUGGGCUCCUGGGGUAGGAGCUGGCAUCACCGAGGGUCCCUCGUCACCUGGGAACAGGGCUGUGGGUGAGGAGGAACCCGAGGGGACUGUGGGAGCAGAGGACACGGGGUGCUGUGGUGUUUUUCCAGGGUUUGUAUUGGGCUGCAGAGGCUGGUGGCUCCUGGUGGGAGUGGUGCCCCAGUGACAGCAGUGUCCCCAGCGCUGCACUCACCAGGGUCUGGCCUGGCUGAGCAUCUCCUGCUGCAGCCACAGUGCCCCUGUGUGGGACACUGUAGGCAGUCUGGGAAUUGGGGCUGGUCAUGUGCCAUUGGAUAUGGAAUUCUGUGCUGUCCCUCAAGCUGUGGCUGUGAGAGAUAGGGAUGGGGCACCUGCCACCUCCUGCUCCAUGGAGACUGCUUUGAUUUGGGCUCACUUUCAUCUGAGUUGAACUCCUUGUCUCAGGAGUUCUCAAAAUUAGUUUACAAAGAAAAUAUGUCAAAUGAAAUUUAUUCAUCUUAAUUGUGACACCUCUGUGACAUGAGCUCAUCCCUGCAGCCUGCACAGCCUGUCCUGUGUCCUGUCAGGGAUCGAGCACUGCUUUAACUGGACACAGCAAGGUUUCCCACAUGGCCCCUGUGGGUGCCAAGGGGGUCCAGGCUGCCACCCUCACCCCGCCAGUGCCCAUGGCUGUGCCGGUGCUGUCCUUGGAGCAGCCCAGUACUGGCGUGUGCCCGAGUGGUCCCCAAUCACCUCUCCUCCAUCAGCAGGGCUGUGCCGUGCCCACCCCCUGAUGCCACCCCACCCUGCCGCCCUGUGACACAGCCCCUGUCUCGGGGGUGACCCCGCAGCCUGAGGGGAUCCCUGUGGAGGACCUGCCCUGCAGCACCACCCUGUUUGCUCUGGCACUGGCCACGCCCUUGCAGGAGCAGGACACGGUACGUGGGGCUGUGCAGGGUCACCUGUGCUUGGGGUCCCUCUGGCCACUGCUGGACCCUGUGUGUGUCCCCAGAGAUGGCCUUCCAGCGGAGCCACCGCCUGAACCUGCUGCGCCUUGUUGUGCUGCUCCUCAUCGCCUUGGCCGGCAUCAAGUUCCUCUUCCGUGACAGCUUUACCCUGGAGCUGCACAAGCACGUCAGCAAGGAGAGCGGGUUCUGGGGGGACACAGGUGACAUUGUCCAGGAUGUCAUCCCCCAGAGCCAGGUUCUGGAGCUCCCUGAGGCGAAGAUAACGGCCCUGAGGCAAGAGCCUGGGCAGCAGGUCCCCAGGGAUGUCAGUGCCACCGAGAUGAGGCUGGUCCACUUGGACCUCAAGGGAGCUGCGCCCAGGGUCUCCUACCUGGAGCAGGUGUUCCCCUUCCUGUCCCAGCUGGGAGCCAACGGCAUCCUCAUCGAGUAUGAGGACAUGUUCCCCUUCAAGGGGGAGCUGGAAGUCCUCAGGUCCCCGUACGCUUACAGCGAGGAGGACAUCGAGCGGAUCCAGCAGCUGGCGGAGCAACACAAGCUGGAGGUGGUUCCCCUGGUGCAGACCUUUGGCCAUGUGGAGUUCAUCCUCAAGCACGAGAAGUACCAGCACCUGCGGGAGGUCGAGCGCUUCCCCAACAGCUUCAACCCCCACGUCCCCAACACCCUGGCCCUGCUCAGGAGCAUCUUGGCACAGGUGAUCGAGAAGCACAGACGCUCCACCUGGAUCCACAUCGGUGCGGAUGAGGUUUUCCAUCUCGGGGAGGGGAUGGACUCCAAGAACUGGAUGAGCCGCAACAAGGGCGAUGUGGGGACCAUGUUCCUGAAGCACAUCAAGGAGGUGUUGGGCUUCCUCUCUGCGCAGUACUGGGGGCUGCGGGUGCUCAUGUGGGACGAUAUGCUGAGGAAGAUCAGCGUGGGAGCCCUGCGGGAGUCUGGGAUAGCGAAGCACGUCUCACCUGUGGUGUGGUUCUACGCACCCGACUUCGAGGCUGAGCAGAUCGAGCCGUUCCUCACCAAGUAUGCAGAGAGUGGCUUCGAGGCAGUUUGGUUCGCCAGCGCCUUCAAGGGCACCACGGGGCCGGCGCAGACCUGGACCCCCCUGAGCUACCACCUGAAAAACCACCUGAGCUGGCUGAAGGUGAUGCAGGCCCUGCCACGGCUGGCCCCGCUGCGCUUCCAGGGCAUCGUGCUCACCGGCUGGCAGAGGUACGAUCACUACUCGGUGCUCUGUGAGCUGCUGCCUGUCGGCAUCCCCUCGCUGGCCAUCUGCCUGCAGACCCUGGUGAACGGGGGCUUCACAGAAGAGGCAAAGAGGAAGGUCCUGGAUGUGCUGGGCUUGGAGAGUGUGCAGCUGGAGCAGAGCACCUGCGAGGGCAGGGGAGCGUUCCCUGGUGUGGAGAUCUACCACAUGGUGCAGCAGGUUAAUGGCCACCUGAGGGAGAGCAUCCUGAAGGCUCUGGAGGAGGAGAGUGCCAUCAAGGGCUGGUUCAGCCCCUACCAUCGGAAGCACCACUUUGGGAACCCCCGCAACAUGGAGAGCUUUGGCAGCAAGGUGCUGAAGCUCCAUGAGGACUGGGAGAGCUUCGUCCGUGACCUGCGUGCCCAGCUGGAGAGGGUCUACUUCCCAGACACGGUGGAGGAGUGGAUGGAGGAGAACGUCAACCCCUACCUGGACCAGCUGCGGGACCUGGUGCGGGACUACCGGGCCAUCAUCCGCCUCAACGGCCGGCCCAAGGCCACGUAGGGGCUGCAGCCCCCCAGCUCUCACUGCCCCCCGGCUGGUCUUCGGGGGCCAGCACCGUGUGUCUGUUUGCUGGUGACGGCGCUGCCGCCGCCGCUCGCGCUGUACAGAGCCCUGCACACCCAGCUCCACAAUAAAGUAUUUUCAUAGAU